AAGUGAAACACAGAGCCACCCACAUGACUCGCACUCAAACACUCCAAAAACACAAAAGUGCUGUCAUUCUCUGGCACAAGUGUAGUCCAGCAGAAAAGUCGACACCAUCACAUCCAAGAGAUGCAGGUCGCCGCAGACCCUGACAUGAUUUCCUCGCCUCCUCCUCCUCCUCCACCGUACUCCCACCAUGAGCAGCAGCCUCCAGCUUACUCCACACUCCCAGCAGCUUACUCUGCAACCAAAUGUGAGUCGGCCUGCAUCUCUCAGCCCGUCACUGGCUAUGUGUCUUUCAGUGACAUCAUCCCAGAGACUCAGUCGGAGACGAGUCCUCUAAUUGCCUCGUGUUCUUUUGAUGACGACACAGUGAGGAGAGGCUUUGUCAGAAAGGUGUUCAGCAUCGUGACUCUGCAGCUGCUGUUCACCUUCAGCGUGGUGUGUGUGUUCACCUUCUCCAGUGUGGUCAAAGACGCGGUGCAGACUAACCUGUGGGUUUAUCUCAGCUCCUUCAUCGUCUUCACUGUGGUCGCCAUCACGCUCAGCUUCUGCAAGUCCUUCAGGCGCCGUCACCCCUGGAACCUCGUGGGACUGGUUGUGGUCACACUGAGCUUCUCUUACAUGGUGGGAACCAUCGCCUCCUUCCACAACACCACUGCUGUGGUCAUCACUAUGGCAGCAACGCUGGUCAUUACUCUGACAAUCAUCGCUUUCUCAGCACAGACCCGUUAUGAUUUCACCAUAUUUAAUGGCGUUCUGCUGAUCCUGGCUGUGGACCUGAUCAUGUUUGGAUUCCUCUGCACCUUCUGCUACUCGUUCAUCGCUGACGUUGCCUACGGAUGUCUGGGAGCACUGCUAUAUUCACUGUUUCUGAUGGUGGACUGUCAGCUCAUGAUGGGGAUGAUGAGCUUCCGCCUUGAUCCUGAGGAAUACAUCAAUGCAGCACUCACCCUCUACCUUGACAUAGUCCUCAUCUUCCUCUACCUACUGGGGAGGAGGUGAAACUGUACAAACAACAUAUAUAUUUGUUUACAUGUUAAUAAAACAAAUGCACAGAAAUUGA